AGAAGAAGAGACGUAUGUGACUGAUAUAAAGGCAGAAGAUAUAGAGGGAGAAGAAGAGACGUAUGUGACUGAUAUAAAGGCAGAAGAUAUAGAGGGAGAAGAAGAGACGUAUGUGACUGAUAUAAAGGCAGAAGAUAUAGACAGAGAAGAAGAGACAUAUGUGACUGAUAUAAAGGCAGAAGAUACAGAGGGAGAAGAAGAGACAUAUGUGACUGAUAUGAAGGCAGAAGAUAUAGAGGGAGAAGAAGAGACGUAUGUGACUGAUAUAAAGGCAGAAGAUAUAGAGGGAGAAGAAGAGACUUAUGUGACUGAUAUAAAGGCAGAAGAUAUAGAGGGAGAAGAUGAGACGUGUGUGACUGAUAUAAAGGCAGAAGAUAUAGAGGGAGAAGAAGAGACGUAUGUGAGGGGUGAUCAGCAGUGUAAGGAGGAGGAGAUCCCUACAGAUAUCAGCACAGCAGAUGGACACACAAACAGGAAUAUCACAGAAGGACAUCUAAUGUUAUCCCCGGAUUGUGACCUAAAAGAAAAUGAUAGUAGACCUGAUUCUCCAGGAGAUAAUCCCAUUACCCCAAUUAUACAUCCAGCUCUAUCAGCUGGUCUCUCUGAUCCUGGGAAAUGUUCUCCUGAUCACUCUGAUAUUGGAGCAUCUGUUACAGCUCUGAGAGUAGAUACAGUGUUUCCCUGUUCUAUAGAUGCCAAAUGUUUUACACAGAAUACAAAGCUUAUUACCCAUCAGCCAGCUAAGGCAAGUGAGAGGCCAUUUCCAUGUUCUGAGUGUGGGAAAUUUUUUACACACAAAUCAGCUCUUGUUACACAUCAGAGAAGUCACACAGGUGAAAAGCCAUAUUCCUGUUCUGAGUGUAGGAAAUGUUUUCCACGGAAAUCAGAACUUGUUACACAUCAGAGAAGUCACACAGGUGAGAAGCCAUAUUCCUGUUCUGAGUGUGGGAAAUGUUUUGCACAGACAUCAGCUUUUGUUACACAUCAGAGAAGUCACACAGGUGAGAAGCCAUAUACCUGUGCUGAGUGUAGGCAAUGUUUUCCACGGAAAUCAGAUCUUGUUACACAUCAGAGAAGUCACACAGGUGAGAAGCCGUACUUCUGUUCUGAGUGUGGGAAAUGUUUUGCAUGGAAAUCAAAUCUUGUUACACAUCAGAGGAGUCACACAGGUGAGAAGCCAUAUUCCUGUUCUCAGUGUGGGAAAUGUUUUGCAUCGAAAUCAUAUCUUGUUACACAUCAGAAAAGUCACACAGGUGAGAAGCCAUAUUCCUGUUUUGAGUGUGGGAAAUGUUUUGCAUAUAAAUCAAAUCUUGUUACACAUCAGAGGAGUCACACAGGUGAGAAGCUAUUUUCCUGUUCUGAGUGUGGGAAAUGCUUUACAUAUAAAUCAUAUCUUGUUACACAUCAGAGAAGUCACACAGGUGAGAAGCCAUAUUCCUGUACUGAGUGUGGGAAAUGUUUUGCAUUGAAAUCAAUUCUUGUUACACAUCAGAGAAGUCACACAGGUGAGAAGCCAUAUUCCUGUACUGAGUGUGGGAAAUGUUUUGCAUUGAAAUCAAUUCUUGUUACACAUCAGAAAAGUCACACAGGUGAGAAGCCAUAUUCCUGUUCUCAGUGUGGGAAUUAUUUUGCACAUAAAUCAAAUCUUGUUACACAUCUGAGAAGUCACACAGGUGAAAAGCCAUAUUCCUGUUCUGAGUGUCGGAAAUGUUUUGCACGGAAAUCAGAUCUUGUUACACAUCAGAGAAGUCACUCAGGUGAGAAGCCAUAUACCUGUGCUGAGUGUGGGAAAUGUUUUCCACGGAAAUCAGAUCUUGUUACACAUCAGAAGUCACACAGGUGAGAUGCCAUUUUCCUGUUGUGAGUGUGGGAAAUGUUUUACACAGAAAUCAGAUCUUGUUACACAUCAGAGAAGUCACACAGGUGAGAAGCCGUACUUCUGUUCUGAGUGUGGGAAAUGUUUUGCAUGGAAAUCAGUUCUUGUCAAACAUCAGCGAUUUCACAGGUGAGAAGCCAUUUUCAUGCUGAGAGAUAAAUAAAUCCGCUCUUGUUAAACAUAUUAGACAUUACCCAACUACGGAACCAUUUAAAAUAAGAUUUUACUCACCGGUAAAUCUAUUUCUCGUAGUCCGUAGUGGAUGCU